AUGGUUAGUUGUGAACCAUUUCAAUCAUAUAAAGUCCCAUUAAAAAAUAAUGGACAAUCGAUUAUUGAACAUAAUCUUGUUACAAUAUAUUUAAAUUUAGAAUGGCCUGAUAAUAUAAAUGAUAAUAAUCCAAAUCUUAUUAUACAUAUUUUUGAUAAAAAAAUAUCACCAAAACCAUGUAAAACUGAGACAUCAAUGUCAUAUUUUCAACAAAAUCAAUCAUCAUUACUUGUCAAUCCAAUUCAUCAUCAACAACAACACCCUCAGCAAAAUUUUGGUUCAUCCUAUCAACAACAACAACAACAAUAUUAUCAUCAUUCAUCUGCUAAUAAUAAUAAUAAUAAUAAUGAACCACCAUCAACAACAACAACAACAACAACACUUCCAACAGGUGAUCAUAAUGAUGUAUCAUCAACAACAACUACCGUUGUAUUUAAUUCUUUAUCACAACCUCCAUCCUCUUCCUCAUCCUCAUCCUCAACAACAACAACAGCAUCUCAUCCACCAAUCCAACAUAUAAAAACUGAACUUAAAACACAAUUAUCACCUAUAUAUCGACGUCAACAAACACCAAAUUCUCCACCAACCUGUUCAUCAACAAACCAACAAUAUUUAUCUUCCCAACAUGUCAUUCAAACACCAUCAUCCGAUAUGGAUACUCAAUCAAACAUACAAAUGGCCCCGAUUUCAAAAAGUAUUAGUUCAACAUCAUUGUCUAAUAUUCAAACAAAACAAACAUUAAUACAUACAAAUGAUUUACAACAAUCUUCAUCAAUUCCUUCAUAUCCAUUAUCAACAUCGUCAGCGGCCUCGACAUUCAAGGCUUUCGUACCUACUUGUUCAAAACCACAUCUAACCCAUGAACAAAAUUGUUCGACAAUGACAUUAAUCAAACAACAACCGAAUGCAACAUUAACAGCUCAAACGAUUGUUUGUCGACCACCAAUUAAUCGUACAAUUGCUCAACGAGCUGCUGUUGCUUCACAAAUUCGUACAAACCGAUCGAUUUCAAUGACGCCUAUCAAAGAACAAGGACAAACAUCAUCAACAAUAUCAUUACCAUUUUCAAUUUCAAAUAUAAGAACAUCAGAUUCACCCCCAAAUAUAACAACAAUUGUUUCACAACAACAAACAAAUUUUCCAACAAUGAAAAAACCAAUUAUUCGUCAACGUAGUACUGGUUCAGUUAAUCCUCGUCAAAGAAAAAAACGUAUUACAAAACAAACAAGUAUACCAAAUGCUAUCAAUCAUGAUCAAUCAUCAUUUUAUAAUCAAAUUAAUUUAAAUGAUUCCAAACAACAACAACAACAAUCAGCAUUUAUGAUUGAAGAAGAUCAAUUAUGUUCACCUACUCCAACAUUAAAAUCACCAACAGUAAAAUUAGUUUCACCAUUUUCAAUACAAACAACUGUAAGCAAUACAGAAAUUGAUCAAACUAUAGAGGAUGUAAUUAAUGGUCAUGGAAAUAUAUCGAUUAAUGAUACCACACAAUUACCAACAAAAUUUCAGUUACAACAACAACCAUCAUCUCAACUUGUUUGGGUACAAAAUGGAACAGUAACAACUAAAACAUGGUUAUCACCACUUUAUCAAAAACAGCAACAACAACAGCAGCAGCAGCAGCAGCUACAACAGCAGCAACAACAACAACAACAACUACAGCAGCAGCAGCAGCAGCAGCAACAGUCACAAUCCGAUUAUGAUCCAAUCGGAUCGACUUUAACUCAUCAGGAUGUUGUGAAUAUUGCACAACAAGUUGUUUUUCCAACAAAUAAUGAACAAAAUCAAAUGAAUACAGUAUUACAAACACCGCUAACGGCUAAUAGUAAAAAAAGAAAUCGAUCAAAAUCGACGACUAAUGUCACUCUAAAACGUAAUCGUAAUCGUAAACCUCUCCUUAAUAGACCACAUUCAGCUGCGAUUACAUCGCCUCGACAAGAAAUUAUCGGAAAAUCAACAACAACCUCACCUAUUACUCCUACAUUAAAUUUAAUCAAUAAACCGAUUUCAUGGUCUAAUAUCCCAACACCAUCAGGUUUUGUAACAACCACAACAAAUCCUCCGCCAUUAAAUUCCAAUCAGCAUCUACCAUCUUUCGAUAAGAAUGAUUCCUGGCAACCGCAAUGUGUUGAGAAUGUUGAUUCUAUGCUUGAUGAAUUUCAACUUGUUUCUAUUGAUGAACAACGAAUAAAUUCUAAUCAUCAAUUUGAUUUCGAUUUAAGUACCGAUGGUUUUUCAUCAAAAACAAAUGAUCAAUUCACGUCAUCAACACCACCACCACCACCAACGAGAACAAACGAUAAUCAAAGAUUUACAUUAUCAUCAACUGAUAAAUUAACAAAUUCAUCUAUAACAAAUUCUCGAUUAGGCACCGGUGAUGUUGAUGUUUAUGAACAUUUUCUUAAUCCAUAUUCAUCAUCAAUUUGGCAAGAAAAUCAAGUAACAUCAUCUGUAUCAACGCCACCAGAUUUUCAGAUCAAUACUUUUUCUAUGCAACAUCAACAACAACAAGCACACCUGCAACAACAACAACAACAACACCAUCAUCAUCAUCAUCAACAACAACAACAACAACAACAUCAUCAUCAACAACAACAACAAACACAACAACAGUAUUAUUCUUCUCAAAUCAAUGAUGAACAUUUUGAUCCAUAUAAUUUACAAUCACAAGCAACGAAAAAAAAAUGA